GGUGGAUGGAGACAAUAGUGUUUUUAUUCGAUGUGGCACAGCUAUUAUUAGUCAAAAUAAUAACUCAAAUAUUACUAAAAAGUGCCAAACACUUUUAUUUUUUCAAUUUCUGAAAGGAGGACUGGACGUUAAAUCGAGCGUUAAACUUUGUGGUUUUCCAUUAUUUAAAUUGUUCAUAAAUAUACUAAAACCUAGCUUAAAUUUUAUUUUCACUUACCUAACUAAAUAUAUUUUUUCACCAAUAUCAACACGAAAGAUUUGCUUAUAAAAGUCAUACUUUUGAAAUAAUAUUUAUUACUCAUGGAGAAUUUGCCUAACGUUACGGUUAGCACAAUUGAUCCUGAAAUUGUGGCAGCCAGCGAAACAGCUGUACUUGUUUCCGUACCUAAUAUCCCUUCAAAUCAUAGGGGAUCAUUCACGAUUCACCGAGAUAAUGGUGCAAAAUACAGUCCAGAAGAGUGGGAGCUUCGUAACAGGAAUGGAAUUCUCAGCAAUGCUUUACGUGAAAAUCGACAGCGUAGACAUUCCUUUACGAAUGCUUCAACUAAAGGAAAAGAAACAAUGGAAGGAAGCAGAAUAAUUGAUGGUCAACGGAGAAGAAUCACAAUAGUAGAUAGUUCAGAUGAGGAGUAUCGCUAUGGAAUUCUAGGAAAAUCGUUAGAACGAAUACGUCUGAAAUCAAAAAAUAAAACGAAUAGUGAAGACGAGGAAAUAAAAAGUGGUGAUUUUAAAAUCGGUAUUUUUAGUGGGAGUGAUGAUAACCUUGAAGCUAUUGGCUUGUCAAAUAAGCGAGAAAGCUAUGGUUUUGAAGACGAUGUAGUUUUCGGACAACGAAAACAAAAUUUUAGUGAAGAGGAAAUGAGAGAAAUCGCUGAGCUAGAAUCCUUGCAAAUUCAUGGCGGGGACAAUAGCACAGGUCUUCUGCUUGCAGCAAAGAAGGGUGAAUGGGAGACUGUUAAAAAUUUACUUUUAAGCGGAGAAAUUUUCGACCUAACAUUGGCUGACGCAGAAGGGUAG